AUUAAUCAAACAAUACUACUAUAUCCACUAAAGAUGUUUAGAUCUAAUAAUUCAAACAUUUAUGGAUAAGUACACAUAUUGCUAGAUUUUAUAAUGUUUUAAAAUACUAUUUAUAAUUUUAUCCCAUCCUUUAAUCAUCCCAGAAGUCGACUUUUCUCACCAUUUCCUCUAUAAAAAGCGCCAGAAACUGUUAAAGGAUUACAAGUCAAAAAGAAACAAUUCUUCCUAUUAGAGAAAGAGAAGAAGCAAAGCCCCAGAAGAAAUAAAAAUUGCAGAAAUGGAGGACAUGCCAGAAUCUUCCCUUGUAGGAGAAGUUGAGGUAGAAGUUGAGAUCAAAGCACCGGCAGAAAAGUUCUACGAGAUGUACACCGGAAAAGCACACCAUGUCGCCGAAGCCACUCCUCAAAACGUGCAGGCAUGUGAUCUGCACGACGGAGAUUGGGGCACACUUGACAGUGUCAUCGUCUGGAACUAUGUUCAUGAUGGGCAGGAAAAGGUGGCUAAAGAGAGGAUUGAAUUAGUGGAGCCGGAAAAGAAACUGGUUAAGUUCAGGGUCAUAGAGGGAGACCUAAUGGACGACUUCAAGAGUUUAUUGAUCACGAUCCAGGUGAGUCCUGAGCAAGGAGGGCUUGGAAGUGUUGUGAAGUUGCAUUUUGAUUAUGAGAAGAUCCAUGAGAACGUGGUUCACCCUGAGACUCUGCUUCCAUUUUUCGUUCAGAUGAUCAAAGAGAUCGACCAACACCUUAUGUCCGAGGAAUAGAGGACCUUUUUUCGUAUAUUUUAUGUGUGUGUGUGUUUCCAUGCUUGUCUCAGUAUUGUGCUCUAUCUGUAGUGUAAUACUUUUUUAUAAUUUGAACAUUAUAUAUAUGUUGUACUAUUGAUAUUAAUAAAAUUGUAUUGGGAUAACGUAGUUUAGUGGUUUUUCCUAGUAUUA